CUUCCUCGGCCCUCAAUACGAAAGACCUGUAGUACCAAAGCUGCCUUAGCGUCGCGUGCAAAGACGAACUGGCCAAUGCGCUCCUUCUCCUCGGGCUGGAUCGAUCGCACCGCGAGCAGCCAUUCGGCUCGGCUCGGCAGCCAAGCGCCACAGGAAAAGGCCCAGCGCACGCCCUCCAUUGCUGGCACCAAGCAGAAUCGCUUAGCGGGGAAAACCAUACACUGAAAACCUCACCGCCACCUCGGGCUUGAUGGCGCGGACGCUAAAAGUGCCCCACCCACUUCCUCCCGGCGCUCGGGCGGAGGGGGCGGAGCGUCGCGCUACGUCAACUGCACGUUGCUCACCGAGAGCCCUCACUUCCACGCCACCUACUCUGCCACCUCCUCCCCCGGGAGCGGAAGUGGAGACCCUCCUCUGCGCUUUGCGGCAACGCGUGACCGUCACGUGGGGCGGGGCUUCGGAGGCGAGCGAAGGGAGGGACAAAGGCCAAGAGCGUAUAGAACGCCACUCACACUUGGAGAGGAGAUAACGGGACAGAGGUGCAAGCCAAUCGCAAUCAGGCCUGUGGAGGCAGAGACUGGGGUGGAGACUUCGGAGACUGCAGUUCCAGGUCUCCAGCCUGCCAGCUUUCAGACUAGAACUUAUACCAUCAGCUGUCCUGGUUCUCAGGCCUUUGGAUUCAGACUGAAACUACAUCGUUGGUUGUUCUGAGUCUUUGACUUGCCAGCCACGUAUCUUGGGACCUCCAUAAUUUUUUCUAAGAACAGAUGGAAGUGGCUAUGGAUAAUUCAUAUGAUUUAAAUCAACAAGGCUCAUGUAAUGGAAUUCCAUCUGAGAAGAAAAACAACUUCCUCGUGUCAGAAGAUCAUGGACAGAAAAUCUUAAGUAUACUACAGAAUUUUCGAGAACAAAAUGUCUUUUAUGAUUUCAAAAUAAUCGUGAAAGAUGAAAUAAUCCCAUGUCAUCGUUGUGUGUUAGCAGCAUGCAGUGACUUUUUCAGGGCUAUGUUUGAAGUAAACAUGAAAGAAAGAGAUGGUGGAAGUGUUACCAUUACUAAUUUGUCCUCCAAAGCAGUAAAAGCAUUUCUUGAUUAUGCCUAUACUGGAAAAACAAAGAUAACAGAUGAUAAUGUGGAAAUGUUCUUCCAGUUGUCAUCAUUUCUUCAAGUUUCCUUCUUGUCCAAAGCUUGCAGUGACUUUUUAAUAAAAAGUAUUAAUCUUGUGAAUUGUUUACAGUUAUUAUCUAUAUCAGAUAGCUAUGGUUCUGCCCGUUUGUUUGAUCAUGCUUUAUACUUUGUACAACAUCACUUUUCUUUAUUAUUUAAAUCCAGUGAUUUCUUAGAGAUGAAUUUUGGAGUACUGCAAAAAUGUCUGGAAUCAGAUGAAUUAAAUGUUCCUGAAGAAGAAACUGUACUGAAAGUUGUCCUUAGUUGGACUAAACAUAACUUAGAAUCAAGGCAAAAGCAUCUGCCUUAUUUGAUUAAAAAAGUAAGAUUAUAUCAGUUAUCUGAGGAGACACUUCAAGAUUGUUUACUCAAUGAAGAGUGUUUACUCAAAAGCACAAACUGUUUUGACAUAAUCAUAGAUGCAAUUAAGUGUGUGCAAGGUUCUGGUGGACUUUUCCCUGAUGCUCGACCAUCCACAACUGAAAAAUACAUAUUUGUUCACAAAACUGAGGAAAAUGGAGAAGAUCAAUAUACAUUUUGCUAUAAUAUUAAAAGUGAUUCAUGGAAGAUACUGCCACAAUCACACCUGAUUGAUUUGCCAGGAUCUAGUCUGUCUAGUUAUGGGGAGAAAAUAUUCUUGACAGGCGGUUGCAAAGGGCCGUGUUGUAGAACAGUUCGGCUUCAUAUUGCAGAGUCAUAUCAUGAUGCCACUGAUCAAACCUGGUGCUACUGUCCGGUCAAAAAUGAUUUUUUCCUGGUAUCAACUAUGAAAACACCAAGAACCAUGCAUACAUCAGUUAUGGCUCUCAACAGAUUAUUUGUCAUAGGUGGAAAGACUAGAGGAUCCCAGGACAUUAGAAGUCUCUUAGAUGUUGAAUCUUACAACCCUCUUUCCAAAGAAUGGAUAUCUGUUAGCCCAUUACCCAGGGGCAUAUACUAUCCUGAAGCAAGUGCAUGCCAAAAUGUAAUUUAUGUUCUUGGAUCAGAGGUAGAGAUUACAGAUGCUUUUAACCCAUCACUUGAUUGCUUUUUUAAAUACAAUGCUACAACUGAUCAGUGGUCUGAACUAGUAGCAGAGUUUGGGCAGUUUUUUCAUGCAACACUAAUUAAAGCUGUCCCAGUAAACUGCACACUGUAUAUAUGUGACCUUUCCACUUAUAAGGUUUAUAGUUUUUGUCCAGAUACUUGUGUUUGGAAGGGUGAAGGGUCUUUUGAAUGUGCAGGCUUCAACGCAGGUGCAGUUGGAAUUGAAGAUAAAAUUUAUAUAUUAGGUGGUGAUUAUGCACCAGAUGAAAUCACAGAUGAAGUGCAGGUCUACCACAGCAGCAGGUCUGAGUGGGAAGAAGUUUCACCAAUGCCAAGAGCCUUAACUGAAUUUUACUGCCAGGUGAUUCAGUUUAAUAAAUACAGGGACCCAUGGUUUUCUAAUCAUUUCUAA